UUCGAAACAUUCACUUUUACCUGUCGGUUGGGAGAAGAAGAAAGAGGGAAAAAUAAUCACAAUCUUUCCCCUCUCUCUCUUCUCUCUCCCCCCAAAAAACUAUGCAAUUCCAGGCUAGUUUCUUCAUUAACAACUUAUUCCCUUUUCCAUCUCCGGCACGGCGGCCGGGACUUCUUAGUCCUCCGCCAUCAACCACUGUUUCAUCCUAUGAGACUCCUCUCAUCCCCUUCCCCUCUUCCUCUUCCCUUUGAUAAUCCUAAUGGCUUCCUCCCUUUAUCAUCGUCUCGUUUGAUUUCAUCCCGUUCCCCUGCUUCUUCCCCUUCUCCAUUUGAGUUAUUAUUAACAGAUCCAACUUCUAAACCUACUGUCAUCCUCCCUAUUCUUCCUCCUAUUGCUGACGGUGUUUCUGAUUUUGCAACUAUCUGGUUUGUUUUUGGUAUUCUUCUUCUUUCUCUAUUCGCUUUCGCUUUUAUUUUCCAUCUCCGGAUUAGAUCUCGUCAAUUGCCUCAUUUACAGAACUUUAAUUCUCUUUGGGCUGUGAGAUUGCUUCUCGUCUUAUUCGCUUCUCUUUGGGCUAUUAAUGAAGUGAUUCGUUUACCGUUUAUUCGCCGGAAAUAUCUUUACCCUUUUUUGCCGUCUUUGUCGUUGAAUCAACAAGCUGAGAUCUGUAAGGUUCAUGUGGUUCUUUCAUUAGGAUUCUUCGAACCGGGUUUUUUAAUUACUCUUCUUUUCUUGGUUAACGAGUCGAUUAAGACGCAAAAUCCUUUUCGGACUUGGGGUGUUGCACUUGUUUGUUUAGCUUGUUCGCCGAUUCUACUGCUGCAAUCGUUCUUCGUGUUUUUCUCUCCGUUGGAGGCACAAUUACCUACGUUUAUGCACGCGACUUCUUACCUUUCAACUGACCAUUUCGGAAAUAAAUCUGUGCUUUGUACCUAUCCCUUGUUCAGUUGCGUUGUGUUUGGAGUAUUCAGCAUUGCUUAUUCCUUAGCGUUUUUGCUGUCAUGUUGGAGGGUAGUGGCGUUUGUGAUCAACAAGAAGAUUCGGGUACGGUUGAACAUGCUUGCGACAUCGUUCAUGAUAUUGUUGCCGGUGCAGAUUCUUUGCUUAGGAUUGUCGCCAUUGUGGCAGCCAGCAGAGCCUAUACAUGGAUAUGUUGUCCUAGCGAUGGACCUUGCCGUUGCAUGGUGCGUGGUGAUCGGGGAGGUGAUUUUGGUAAUAAGGCCAAUUGCAGAUGCAUUAGCUGCAGGUGGAGCAUUUUGCCCAUGGAGUCCCGGAUGCAGGCCAGGACUUCCUAACAGUUCAGGGAAGACGAUGAAUAAUGGGAAUUUAUAGCGAUGGACAGAGGCCAUGAAGGACAUCAUGGUCUGUUCAUAUCAUUGUGUUUUUUUUUUCUCAAAGAGAGAUGAGGGAGCCAAUUUUUGACGAUUUCAGUGUGUAAAAUGGUUGGUGAUUUGGUUCAUCAAGCAUAGAGAAGGGGGGGUUAUUUAGUAAGUUUAUGAUACGUUAUUUAUUACUCCUCGGAGGAAAAUGUGUGUACAGCAUUUGAUUUCAUAUUCAGCACUUUCUUCUG